CAGUGUCACGGGAACAGAUAAGAGUAAAAGUAAGAAGGAGAGAGCAGGCCCCGCCGAUGGUGGGGGAGAUGGCCCACGAUGCCAGCAAUAGCCCAGUCACCGUUGUCAUCAAAGCAGCCAGUCAGAAAUAUGAUGACCAGACCAUCCACUGUUUCAUGGGCUGGACCGUGGAGAAAUUAAAACGCCAUCUGUCCGAGGUCUACCCCAGCAGACCAAACCCGAAAGACCAGCGGCUGGUGUAUGCGGGGAAACUGCUGCAGGAUCCUAUGGCACUGAAAGAUGUGUUCAGAGAGCAGCGCGAGUUUCACAUGUUGCACCUGGUAUGUACUUCACACACACCUCCGACAUCCCCUCUGCCCAGCAAGACUAAGAAAAACCCAGCAGAUGGAGGCAGCUCUGCUGAGCCUGUCUCUGCUCAGGGCAGUGAACACGCUGUAGCACAGGGAGGACACAGUGAACCCAACCAACACCCAGGCCCUGUCCACAACCACCCACCACAUGGUCCCACACCGCAAGGAUGGGGCCAGUAUUUGGGGCAGGCAGGUGUGCCUCUCUACCCCCUGUAUACCCCUGGGUCCCUCCUGUGGUGGCAGCAGGUCUAUGCCUGGCAGUACUACACACACUAUCAGAUGUGGAUUGCCUCUACCUCCAGGAUAGCCACACCCUCCUCUAGGGCGGUUCCAAUGGGAGAGGAGCAAAAUGUGGUCCCAGACAAUAUAGCGGGGGAGGUUCCUAAUGAAGAGGAAGUGAACCGUGAUUGGAUGGACUGGGUGUAUACCGGGUCCCGUGCUGUCAUUCUUCUCAGUAUUGUCUAUUUCUACUCCUCCUUCAGCCGCUUCCUCAUGGUGACAGGAGCCAUGCUGCUGCUCUACCUGCACCAAGUGGGAUGGCUGCCCUUUAACCUGGAGCAUGAACUGCAGAACCUUGGGGAACCAGCCAAUCAGGAGGAGAGAGAGGCGGAGCCCCGGAAUGAGCUUCAGGAAAUGGAGCGAGUGAUGGAUGAAGGUGGAGGAAUCGAAGAACAAACGGAGGACCCUCAUGCAGGAGUUCACGCCAGUUUUCUCUCCUCCGCCUGGUCUUUCAUCACCACCUUCUUCUCCUCUCUCAUUCCCGAAGGUUUGCCGAACGCUGCCAACUGAGACACCCUGCCCGAACUCAGCAUCCCACAACUCAAAACACUCAAUAGGCUGUCCUGUCUGCAUUCAGAAAAAAAAACCCCUAACAAACCCAACCAGUACAGGGGCCUGCAGCGUUGACACAGCUCAGGACAGCCUCCCCUCAGCCACACUCCACUCCUCAAAGGCUUUCACCCUCAGACAGAUCAAAGCCAGAGUUUGCUUUAAAGGUGAUCUAAGACGGUUGGAUUUGAAACAGGUGGGAACACUGCAGCGUUGUUUUCUCUGUGAACUGGUUGGGUAGGCGCUUCUCUCUGGAGCAGCUCACAGUAACAAAGCCUGGUGAUCGGCAGUCAUUUACAUUAAAGAAUGUCACGAGUUCCUCUCUAAACACGACAAUGACACAUGACUUACGAUGUGUGUAAUGUGGACUGCAGAAACACAGUUUCAUCAGGGGAGCAAUGUGAACAACGCCAGUGAACCUGUCACCGUUACUCACCUUGUGGUUAAUAGCCAAAGCUGCAUUCAGAGGCUGUACACAGGACCAGUAAGAACAAAACCCACAGAGGGUCUAACCUGGGAAGGCUCAGGACUGCUGUGUCUUCUCGCCCAACCACAGUCUGAACGAAAAAGAGAAUUUAAAAGACUCUUCAACUGUGAACUGAGGGUUGGUGUGAGGGGUACUAUUUGACAAUAUUGUGCAUGCAUCAAAAAUUAUUUAGUGACAGAAAACAUUAUAGAUGGAUGAAAACAGAUUACUUAUUUCUUUUUUAAAGGCACUUUUUAAAUGUCUCUCUCCCUUUAUCCUAACUCAUUGAGUUCAGAUUGAGUGUCAGUGAGAGAGAGUGAAACGUUGCCACAUUGUGUUUAUGUAAAAUACUUACAUGUUUGAAAAUAUGAGUGUAAGAAGCUAAAAAUGAUAGAAAUUGUGUGAGAACCUAAGACUGUUUUUCUUAACCAAAAAAAGCUUUGGAAUAAAGUUCCUCGGUUCCCCACUCUUAA